AUGGCUGAAGAGAGGAAGGAGAACAUUAUGUCUGUGGAGCUUGCAAUUCAGAGGGAAUUAGCGUACAGAGAAAAGAUUGCUAGCUUCUUGUCCGGGAAAGAAAAAGAAGAACUGCUGCCUUUGAAGGUACCAUGUUCAACUACAUUUACUAGUCCAUAUCCAAGUCCAAUGCAAAAUGUAGGGCAGAGUUCAAUCUCAACUUCAGCCUCUAGAAAUCAGUCAUCAUACCGGGGCAAAUCUCCAACUCUAAGUCCAGGACCUGGACAUGGGAAAGCAGAUCAGCAAUGCAAUAUCAGUAACAGGUCCGACAUAUUCUGUAAAAUCUGCAAAGUGAGCUGCUCAAGUCCUUCCAAUUACAAACAACACAUCAGAGGUGAGAAGCACAGGGCUAUGAUGCAUUCCCCAAAACUGAAUAAGAAUGCAGCUGUUGGACCAAGUAAAAAUCAGCAACCAAGAUGCAAUCUGUGCCAGAUUGUAUGCAUGGAUAAAACUAGUUUGCAAUUGCAGUUGAAUGGCCAAAAGCACAAGGCGAAAUUGAGGAUGAAUGAACUUGGGAGGAAGGGGGAAAUUUCCCAACAAUUCUGGUGUGAAAUGUGUCAAGUUCCUUGCAACAAUGAAGAGACAUUUCAGUUGCACCUGAAGGGAAAAAACCAUGUUGCUCGCAAAUAUGCUUUGGAGGAAGAAAAGAAGGCCAUUUAA